AUGAGGCGGCUCGUGUGGGGGCUUUCUGCCCUCUUGUGCUUCUGUCUUUUGGUUCCAGCCUCUGGAGGACGGAAAAAAGAGGAUCAGACCCCGAUCGGCGAAGACGGCGAAGUGAUACCCGAAGUGAAUGGCAAGAAACUUGACAGUCUCCUGGAGAGCGAGGAAUACCUAGCUGUGUUUUUCUAUACGAAAAUCUGUAAGACGUGCGAUGCCGUGCUCACCGAGCUCGAGCGGAUUAAUGACGAUGCCGAGAGGUUCGGAGUCAGAUUCGUUAAGAAUGGAGAACGAGCAGUUGCCAAGAAACUUCUGGGCAUCACACAAUUCCCUGCCCUGGCCUACUAUAGGUAA